GUCUCGGGUUCCGUACCUAACACGAAGCCAAAGAAGAAGCUUUCCAUCACGAUCAUAUCGCCAUGACUGUGCUAUCAUCUCCAGAUCGAGAUAGUGCUGAGAAGAAGGUGAAGAGUUCUUAUUUUGAUUUGCCACCUAUGGAGAUAUCUGUGGCGUUUCCUCAAGCAACACCAGCCUCUAAGUUCCCACCGUGCACUUCAGACUAUUAUCGUUUCGAUGAUUUAUUGACUCCGGAGGAACAGGCUGUUCGGAAGAGAGUGAGGGCGUUCAUGGAGAAAGAAGUUGCUCCCAUUAUGACUGAGUACUGGGAGAAGGCAGAGUUUCCAUUCCAUAUCAUUCCUAAGUUUGGGGCUUUGGGUGUUGUUGGUGGCUCCAUCAAGGGUUAUGGCUGUCCUGGCCUCUCCAUCACAGCUAGCGCAAUUGCAACCGCAGAAAUAUCUAGAGUGGAUGCAAGCUGUGGAACUUUUCAUUUGGUGCAUACCUCUUUGGGAAUGCUCACUAUUGCACUUUGUGGAUCAGAAGCACAGAAGCAGAAGUAUUUGCCUUCUUUGGCUCAGAUGAAAACUGUGACUUGUUGGGCUUUGACAGAACCUGACAAUGGAAGCGAUGCAAGCGCUCUAAAAACAACUGCCACAAAGGUUGAAGGAGGUUGGGUACUUCAGGGACAAAAGCGUUGGAUUGGAAACAGCACCUUUGCAGAUCUAUUGGUCAUCCUUGCUAGGAAUACUACAACAAACCAAGUCAAUGGAUUCUUAGUUCAGAAAGAUGCGCCUGGCCUAACGGUUACUAAGAUCCCGAACAAAAUAGGUUUACGUAUUGUUCAGAAUGGAGACAUUUUACUACAAAAUGUCUUUGUUCCGGAUGAGGAGCGGUUACCUGGGCUAAAUUCAUUUCAGGACACAAGCAAGGUCCUAGCUGUCUCACGUGUAAUGGUGGCCUGGCAACCAAUUGGUAUAACAAUGGGAAUAUACGAUAUGUGUCACAGGUAUCUACUGGAGAGGAAACAGUUUGGAGCACCGUUGGCUGCUUUCCAGUUAAACCAACAGAAGCUUGUGAAGAUACUUGGUAAUGUUCAAGCGAUGUUUAUGAUGGGUUGGCGCCUCUGCAAGCUAUAUGAGUCGGGUCAAAUGACUCCAGGUCAAGCCAGUUUAGGAAAGGCAUGGAUUUCAUCAAAGGCAAGGGAAACUGCUUCGCUAGGACGAGAAUUACUCGGUGGGAAUGGAAUUGUAGGGGAUUUUCUGGUGGCAAAGGCUUUUGGUGACCUGGAACCCAUUUAUACAUACGAAGGGACUUAUGAUAUAAACACCUUAGUGACAGGGAGGGAAGUAACGGGGAUUGCGAGUUUCAAACCGCCAGCUUCACGCGGCCGUAGCCGUCUUUAAGGGUUUAUAAGGUUUGUGCAGUGUUUGUUGUUGUUGUUGGCUGUUACAUUACGUGGAGAACAAAGUGCGCCAAAUAAUAUUGGUGUAAAGGGACAUAAUGGAACCAUUGUAUUGCAAUAAUGGAGGGACCGUGCUGUGUAUGGCAUCUAGUGGGGUGGGAAUAGUCCUUUCGUAAACAUUUAAUGAAUUCAAGGUUGAAAUAAUAAUAAGAUUACUUUUCG